AUGACUGGAAGAGAAGUGAAUGAACUUCUUAAAGGAUCAGAUGCUAAAAGUGUAGUUAUUCCCAGAAAUCCUAAGAAUUAUAAUUUAUUGAAAUAUGCAAUGAAAACUAAGGAAUGCCAUACCCUUCAGAUCAGAGGGAAUUAUAGUAAAACCUUCAUGCUAUCAUCCAAUUUUAGUUGUAAUGGUGUGGGAUGUGAUUUCUUUACUAUGGAUGAACUACAUCUGUUGGCCUUUCAAAACAAUGUCAUUAAGGGAUCAGAAAGAUUAUCUCGCCAAAAUGUUGGUUCUUUUGAGUGUCAAAAUUUCAAUGAUGGAGGGAGAGAAAAAGAAGAAAGUAUUAAGUCUUCUGACAACUGUAAAUUUAAUACUUUUAACAAAAAAACUAUAAUGAAAGAAAAAAAGACAGAGAUGAACAAGAAAUAUAGAAAAAUAUAUGUUGUCAUCGAUUUACUGUAG